UGGCUCUCCCUCAAUGUAUGGCUCUUCUGGAAAACCUUCCUGCUCUAUUACCAAGGGCUGCAGUAUUAUUAUUUGCAUCAGAUGUUAGGGCUAGGAUUGUGUGUUAGCAGAGCUUCAGCAUCUGUCCUCAAUCUCAACUGCUGCCUGGUCCUUCUACCCAUGUGCCGUGUUCUCUUGGCCUUCCUGCGAGGAUCUCAGAAGGUUGCCAGCAGGAAAUCCAGAAGGCUGCUAGAUAAAAGUAAAACUUUCCAUGUGACAUGUGGUGUUACAAUAUGCAUCUUCUCAGUCUUGCAUGUUGCUGCUCAUCUGGUGAAUGCUCUUAACUUCUCUGAGAACUACAAUGAAGACUUUCCAUCAAUAAAUGCAGCGAACUAUCGUGGUGAGGACCCAAGGAAACUGCUUUUUGCUACUGUUCCAGGUCUGACUGGAGUCAUUAUGGUGCUAGUAUUAUUCCUAAUGUGUACCGCUUCUACCUAUGCCAUCAGGGUUUCAAACUAUGACAUCUUCUGGUAUACACACAACCUUUUCUUUGUGUUCUAUAUGCUGCUGAUGCUGCAUGUUUCUGGGGGGGUGCUCAAGUACCAGACCAACUUAGAGGAACACCCUCCUGGUUGCUUUAAUCCUAACAAAACACUCCGAGAGAAUAUGACGGUGCCAAAGGCUUUUGAAGAGUCAUUUCCUGACUAUACUACUGAGUCUUUCCCAGAGGACUUAUCAGUACCAGAACCCUUUGUACAAAAUAACUUUAUGAGAAUUUGUUCCGAGGAACCCAAGUUCCAGCCACACUUCCCAGAGACCUGGUUUUGGAUUUCUGGACCUCUGUGCUUGUACUGUGUGGAAAGGCUGUACCGCUACCUCCGCAGCAAUAAACCAGUCACCAUAACUUCUGUGAUAAGCCAUCCCUCCAAUGUCCUUGAAGUAAGGAUGAUAAAAGAUGACUUUAAAGCAAGGCCUGGUCAGUACGUUAUUCUACACUGUCCAAGAGUGUCCGCACUGGAAAGCCAUCCAUUCACCCUUACAAUGUGCCCUACAGAUACCAAAGCAACGUUUGGGGUCCACCUUAAAGUAGUAGGAGACUGGACAGAAAGAUUUCGGGAUUUACUGCUUCUCCAUUCAAAUCAAGAUACAGAGAUUCUGCCCAUCUUUCAGCAGAGGCGCUAUCCCAAACUGUAUGUGGAUGGACCUUUUGGAAGUCCCUUUGAGGAAUCCCUGAACUAUGAGGUCAGCCUCUGCGUGGCUGGAGGUAUUGGAGUUACACCAUUCGCAUCAGUACUCAACACACUGCUCGAUGGCUGGAAAUGCUACAAGCUCAGAAGACUCUACUUCAUUUGGGUGUGCAGGGACAUUGAGUCUUUCCGCUGGUUUGCAGAUCUGCUCUGCACGUUGCAUAACAAGCUUUGGCAGGAGAAUCGACCAGACUAUAUAAACAUCCAGCUGUACCUCAGUCAAACAGAUGGAAUACAGAAAAUAAUUGGAGAGAAGUAUCAAGCUUUAAACUCAAGGCUUUUGAUUGGACGACCUCGGUGGAAACUCCUUUUUGAUGAAAUAGCAAAGUGUAACAGGCGGAAGACCAUUGGAGUUUUCUGUUGUGGACCAAACAAAAUCUCUAAGAUACUUCAUAAACUGAGCAACAGCAGCAACUCUUAUGGGACAAGGUUUGAGUAUAAUAAAGAAUCCUUCAGCUGAAAGUCUGUUGGACUUGCAAGACUCUCUUGAAGAUAAAAGUGCAAUUUUUUGUUUGUACAACUUAAAAGUUCAGCUGUGGUUUAAACAGACAGAAAUGUACCAAAGAAUAGCACAGAUUUUCUUAUUUAUGAUUAUUUAAGACUUUGGAAAAUGAUGGAUGCAGCAGUAUACCAACAAAUGAUAAGUGCUUAUGCUCAAGCCCAAAUGCACUUGCACAAUAUUUGUAGCAGCAGUGAUUCUUUGGAUUUGUUUCUGUUAAUUAAAAAGUACAGAAGCUGAGGAGAGACAGAAUUGCUUUAAAAGCUGAUGGAAGAAGAAUCUGUGGAACGUUUGAACUUCUUCCACUUCCAGUCCUCUGAAGCUGCAUCAGUAAACCAAACCUCAGGUUAAUCCAAAUGACAAAACAACACUAUUACAAAGACUAUUGCUUUUGUUGGUAUACAAAUCUCAUGGCCCUUGGGUGAAAACACUCCAUAUUAAAGAUUUUAUAUCUUGCAGAAUUGGGAUUCUGUAUUUAAAAUAUAGAGUGUUACUCUCGCUAGUCUGCUUCUGUAAUGGAUGUGAAUAUUCCCACCCUGACUGGAAGAGAGGGUGGAAUAUGGGGAAAGAUGUAAGUUAAUUAUAGAAAAGUGAGCACAACUGUGUAGCACCUGUGGGCAGACUUGUGUGAUAUAAAUCACAGCCUUUUGACAAGGAAACAACUCUAGGUGGAGAACUCUUUAUCUUGCAUUGAUUCAGCAUUCAGUGAGUUUGCAAAAUACGUGUGAUUUGUGCAGCCAGAAAGAUGGAGCAAGGAAAGCGAUUAACGGGAGCAGACGGGAGAUGAUGUUUUAUUAUGCCACGCACUCAACAUGGAAGCUGCACUCACUCUGCACUCACAUGCCCUGAAUGUGAAAUACUUCAAGUAUUCAGAUGCUCUUACUGAUUAUUUUACAAUGCAGCAGGUUGAAAUACAGUUUUAGAGGUCCCAGAGUAUGUUUGGUUGACUGUGAUCCUCCGAGUACCUUCCCUGGAGUCACUCUAUUUGCACUGAUGUCCUUGAAAGCAGGAUCAGGCCAGAUCUGCAGCUGAGUAAGAACAAAGCCUUCAUUACUGUGGCUCUUUGCACCAUGUGUGCAGACAGAAGCUUUGCAGGAGCAGCAGUGAGGUUUCAGGAAGUUCCAAAGGGGAGAAGCUGAAACAUCCAAAUUUAACCUCCCCUUCCCUUCUCCUUGCCAUUGUUUUCCACUCUGCUCAUAGUUGCCAUGAAAGGGCUAGAGGUCGAAACAGGCACUUUAAAACUUUUUGGUUCUGAGGAGCAUUUUUUUUUUGUCCCUCCAUCCAGUAGCCAGUGCAACUUCCUUUAUUUCUUCUUUACUCUCUUUACCUUACUUCGCUGAGAUGAAGACAUUUAAGCAGGAGUCAGGCACUCAGCUGGCAGAAAUAAUCAUGACUCUAGUGCAUCUUAAUAGAGCAGCAUCAUUUUUCACUUACUGAUAACCUGCCCCUUAAACUCCAGCAGAAGCUUGGGAGCAUCGCCCCGUAGCACACACAGACAUGAGAUGGCUCAACAUCUCUCAAGCCCAUGGUUCACCUGUGUUUAGCACAGUGGAUUUGAUUUGGUUUGCAGCUUUCCAGUGAAUACCUUUUUGUAUUAUAGUAGGAAAGACACUAAUUUUCAGCUGGCAACACAAACUCUGUAAAGGGGUCUAGAAGUAUCAGUGUUCAGAGGGAAGCAUUUUUGUAGUAGGUGGUGUAUAGGCAUGUUGUAUGUGUAACUAGUGAAAAUGAGUUAGUCUUUGCCUUGGUGCCUUGGCAGCUUCUCCUCAGGAGCUGCCCUACGAGGAGAAGCAGGAUGGAGGUGCAGCAGUGAAGCCACAUGGGAGCAUGUUCCUCGGUGUCUGGACUUUGCACUGGAGUUUUUAUCUUUGGCUCUGCCCAAUUUGAAAUUCGUGGGGGAAGGAAGGAGCCAGAGAUGGAUGUGUUCCUACUGACGAGAAUUCUCAAAGUAGCCUACAGGAGAGCGAAGCCAAAAUAGAAAUGCAGUGUGAGAUGGGAGCCUACAUUGCAGCUACCAAUUUUAAUAUUUAUUUUUUUUGAGGCUGGAAGGAUCAUUAUUUUCCCAUUGGAUCUCAUUCAUCUGUCACUGUAAAAAUGGAGGUAUGCAGAAAAGGAUUAGAUCAUUAUGAUUUAUUUCUAACACUGGCUGCAUGGAUUUUAUAAUAAACAAAAUUGAUGGCAAAAUGCAUAGAUUCUGGGUAUUGCCGAUACCGCAGGGUUUUUUCUUUGCUGGCAGUUAGCUUAAAGCAUGAUUGAAAUCAUGACUGCAUCUAUUAACCACAACCAGAGAGCGAUCUUCUUCCUCUUGUUUUAGGAUCUAGUAUCUAAUGGUUUUUAAAUACAGUUUAGAGUCAUCUAAUCACGACAUUGUUUGUGGGUUAACAUCUCCUCUCUGAUAGAUACCUGUUCCAUUACCGUAUAAUGAGCAGCUAGUUUUGUACUUAGCUCUGUGCUAAAACAGAUGAUAUUUUCUGGCUCAGCCUCUGCAUAGGUAGUGCUUUAUAAUUAAAAUAAUAAUACUGGUACUGUGCUCUUGCUCUGCAUUGUAGCAGGAGCUGUCGCUGGGUGUGGGAUUGCUCAGUGCCUGUUGUUCUAUUAGGCAGUGCUGUCAGACAAGGUGCAAGCAGAGCCAGGGUCUCCUCUUUCUGCCUUUGUCCUGUACCAACCUCAGCUGACCCACUUGUAAAACAGGCUUGGGAUUCCCUACCUUUCUGCAGUGUUGUGAGGCUUCAUUAAUGUUUCAGGAUCACUUCAGUGCACCUGCAGUGAAAAGGUCUAAUUGCUAUGCAACUGUAUUUGUGUUUUAUUUUGUGU